GUUCUUAAUCUUGUUGGAAAAAUUGUUGCACGAUAUAAGAACACCUUUGGAAACUAUAACUCAGAACCGUGCGUUCUUUUUGAGAAGCAGAAUGGCUUUGAAUCAGUAAAGAUGAAUAAUAAGCUCGGUAUGUCAAGAAAAUUGUUGGGGUUGCCUGCAUAUUCGUCACUGGAAGUUGAGCUGGACUUGAUGGACGUCAACACAAAAAGCCUAUUAAGAAAACAUUUAAAUGUUUCAAUGAGGAUGGCAUAUUUGCAGGUGAUAGUGUAUUGGACGUGGAGGGUGAUUUUACAAUUAUUCUCAUAAGAGAGUUGAUUUCAUAUCCACAAAAGUCAAGUGUGGACAAAAUCAAGGCUAAUAAUGAAAUGUCAUUAUACAACACUGGCAACCCUAGGUAUGAUGUAGGUCAAGAGAGUACACUGAUACCAUCAAUGUUCGUAGAAUUUUACUCAAUCUUUAUUGGCCGUAAAAAAAUGGGGUCGGCAUUGAAAAUUUUUGGCACUAUUGAAUUGUCUUCCGGUAAGAAUAGUCACUACCUGUUCAAGAGGACAGGUAAUGAUGGUGUGGAAAUAGAAGAUUCACAGAAAGUGUUACCAUUGGGAGAUGUGCAUAUGAGGCUUGAUGAAUGUAGCAUGCCUGAAUUGAAGGCCAAUCUAAAAGAUGUUGGUGGGAAAUUUCUAAUUAGAGUUGCGGUUCCAAUGGGUUCGUCCCUCAUUAUUCAUGUAAAUUUGCGUGGCACACAUUAUCAUCUCUCGUGCACCGAAGCGUUCAUGAUUGGAAGUAACUCCUUCAACCAACCGAUUAAUGAUCAUGAUCUUGACAUCAAGUUGACUUGGAGUGAUGGAUUGCACGAUGGGGGGGAAUGAUUCAGACAAAGACAAGGAUUGCAGGAUGGGUAGAGUGAAUCAGGCAAAGACAAGCGCGUAUUCAGAAACGUAGAUUACGUACAUAGGAUUUGUCACUACUCUUUUUAAAAGAGAUUAAUGUCUUAUGGGGCCCACUGAUAAGUCAUGAUUGAGGAAACUGCAUGGCCAUGCUGAGAUGUUUUUAUGACGUCUGUUCCUAUUAGUCAGACUUGAUGAAUCAGUGAAUGACUUAAUGG